UGCAGGAAGUAAGGCAUGAAAAUAGAGAGGAUAGUUUUCUGAUGGAAGAAAGUGAUUCAGUUUGUUAGAUUCCACCGAAUGUCAGAACAAGGCUGGCUAUGUGUUUGAUGUGAAUCUAAAUUUAUCAAUCUCGGUGCAUCUGCCGGAGGAUUAAGCCUGUGAUCUCUACAACUGCUGGAGAAUUGUGAACACUUUACAUCCUGUGCAGGAAAGUCUACGCCAAUAUAUGCACAGCAAGCCCCCACCUUGGGAUCUUGGACCUGCUCCUGACUGAGGAGCUGCCCGGUAUGUCAGCCUUCCUGCCUUUGGUCCAAGUCAACUCCCAGAGCCCAGUGGACCAGGAGGAUGUCUCCAAGGCUGAGGCCACGGAUUCCGGAGGGACAGGGAGCUCCACGCCCUUGGAGGAAGCGAGCAGCCCUCUGCACAGCUCGGACACCCUGGAGUACCCAGAUGACAAGCAGCGCCCGAGUUGUCUGGAGGCCUAUCCGCCAGCUGAGGUGGUGCCGGAGGGGGAUGAGCCAGGAUCCGGCGAGAGCCCUGGGCCCACUGAGGACGAGGACCCUUCCCUGCCCAAGGCACAGGCUGAGCCCCCACCACUGCCCCUCUGUGACCCCAGCGUCUACAUACGGGUGGCCCCUGGAGGCUCACUGACAUGCAGGAGCAGUGAGGAGGAGGAGGAGGAGGAGGAGGAGGAGGAGGAGGAGGAGGAGGGAGUGCGUGUGAAGCCCGAUGGAGGCAAGGUCCUGGACAGCAGCCACGAGCACCGGCCCUUCCUGGUGUUCCGCCGUGGGAGCCGGUUGCAGAGCCGGGCUCCGCCGGACGCGGAGUGGCCAGAUGGGGAGGCGGGCAUGGAGGGAGUUGGGCCGGAUGGCAGACACUGCGGCUGCUGCAGCCGCCCCAACCUGAAGGCCACGGCAGCCCUGGUUGGAUCCCUGCUGGUCUACCCCUGCUUCCUGUACGGGGCCUACGUCUUCCUGCCCUUCGACGUGCCCCUGAUGCCCAGCCUCAUUGCCCGCCUCAUCUACACCCUCCGCUGCAGCACCUUCGCCACCAUUCCCAUCCUGAUGGGUUUCAUUGUGUACGGACUGGCACGGCUCUGCUCCUCCUCGCUUGACCCCUUCGGCAAGAGGAAGGAUGAGGUUGAGAUCCACCUGCGCUUCAUCACCGACUCCAUCCAUCUCUUCCUGCUGUUUUUCGUCAACCUCCUGGUCCUCUCCACCUACAUCCCACACGAGGUGCUGAAGCUCCUGCCCCUCCUCACUGCCUUCUUCGCCCUGGCCAGGCUGAUUUAUUGGCUGACCUUUGCCAUCAGCAGCACCUUCCGGGGUUUUGGCUACGGCCUCACCUUCUUCCCCAUCCUGGGGCUACUCAUCUGCAACCUGUCCUACAUGUUCGUACUGGCACCUGACAAGAUGUUCGCGACUUCCCUCAGUGAGCCAGGGCAGGAGGAACAGAGCCAGUCCCCACGCCAGAGAUUCUGGGGCUGAAGCGCACCUGGAGGCUGGACAUUAACCUGGAACCUUGAGACCAUUGUACCGCUUCCUCACUGACUUUGAUUUAUAUUCUGUUUCACAUUCUUGCCCAGGUUCAGAUAUUUUGCUGUGCAUUUUCUAAAUGCCUCCAUGCCUAAACAGCAAUGAAGAGCCAGCUCAUGGGAGACCAAACUCUGAAUAAAGUAAACCUUCUGGGAGA